UUGAAUUCCAGCGAAGAAGUGUUCGAUUUUGGAAGCCAAAAUCUCACCCAAGCCAAAGAACAACAUUUGAAACAACAGUUUUGUGGCCAGUUUCAGGAAGUUUUCACGUUGUGUAUAACCAUACUUGAAAAAUGUCCAGCCAAUUCAAUUGUCGAGGCGACUUUGAAAACUUUACAUCGGUUUCUUUCAUGGAUUCCCGUUGGAUAUGAAGUUGAAACCGAUAUCACCCAGCUUUUGAGUGAAAAUUUCCUUUCCUUGGAACUCUAUCGCGUGGUAACACUGCAAUGCCUUACGGAAAUCUCUAUGAUACAAAUCGAAGCCGAAGACAAUGCUUAUAAAGAGAAACUCUGCGCCAUGUUCUGCGCCACCAUCAAAGAGAUUGGUAGUUUAUUGGGUGAGGGCGCAGAUUUGGCCGCUGCAUAUCAAAAAGGAUCCGAUCAAGAUCAGAAGUUCAUCUCUUGUUUGGCACAAUUCCUGGUGGCUUUCUUGAAAGACCACUCUGCACUAGUCGAGACCUACAAUAGUGCUUUUCCGCAAGUUACCGACUACCACAAGUAUGCCAUAGAGCUACUUCUGUCAAUCAGCCAAGUGGAAGACGUUGAAAUUUUCAAGGUAUGUCUCGACUACUGGUGUGCUUUGACUUCUGAACUUUAUCGUCUAAAUCCCUUUGCCCCACCAUCUCCACCCAUCGCUAUAUCGUUCAGCUGUGGAGGGGCUGCUGCUGGCAAAGAGCAUCCAAGACGGAAGUUAUACAAGGAACAUCUUUCAAAUUUGCGUACUAUAAUGAUUUCUCGAAUGGCAAAACCAGAAGAGGUGUUAGUAGUGGAGAAUGAUCAAGGCGAAGUUGUACGUGAAAUUGUGAAGGACACUGAUUCCAUUACGCUAUACAAGAACAUGCGUGAAUGUCUGGUCUACCUCACACAUUUGGACUGUAAGGAUACUGAACAAAAAAUGACGGAUAAGCUUGCCAGUCAGGUUAUCAACAAGCUGUUUGAGUUUAUGCACGAAACCCACGAAGGAGUUCAAGAUAUGGCAUGCGACACCUUCAUUAAGAUUGCGAUGAAAUGCAAACGCCAUUUCGUAAUUAUGCAAGUCGGCGAACAAACUCCAUUUAUCGAUGAAAUGUUGAAGAAUCUCAGUGGAAUAAUAUGCGAUCUUGCUCCAUCCCAGGUCCACGUUUUCUAUGAAGCAGUUGGGCACAUAAUCUCCUCGGCUAGUGAUGAACCAGAUCAACAAGCAGACCUGAUCGAAAAGCUAAUGGCGUUGCCAAAUUCGGUUUGGGAUGAAAUAAUAGCAAAUGCUGGCGAGAAUAUGGCUGUACUCGAAGACGCAGAGGUUUCAAGGAAUCUCCUCAAUAUCUUAAAAACUAAUGUUGCAUGUUGUAAAGCUGCUGGAAAUCCGUUCAUUACGCAACUUAGUCGGUUGUAUAUUGAUUUGCUUUCACUUUAUCGUAUAUUGUCGGAAAAAGUAUCGACAGCUGUUGAACAAAAUGGACAGGAAGUGUUGAAGAUGCCUUUGCUCAAGACAAUGCGUGCGGUGAAACGUGAGAUUCUGAUUCUGAUUUCAACAUGGGUAGCCAGUGCGAAAGACAGACAGAUGGUUCUUGAGAACAUCGUUCCUCCUCUUUUCGAUGCUGUGCUUUUUGACUAUCAGAAGAAUGUUCCAGCAGCCAGAGAACCGAAAGUACUUUCGCUUCUGAGCAUCAUCGUCACAAAACUCGGGUCGAUGUUGGCUUCACAAGUGCCUCAAAUCCUCGCCGCUGUAUUCGAGUGCACCUUGGAAAUGAUAAACAAAGACAUGGAAGCUUUCCCGGAGCAUCGCACCAACUUCUUCCAACUAAUUCAUGCGUUAACCGUCGAAUGCUUCCAAGUUUUCCUCGCUUUACCGCCUGAACAGCUCAGCUACAUCAUUGACGCGGUUGUAUGGGCAUUCCAACACUCUAUGCGUAAUGUGGCUGAGAUCGGUCUGGACAUCCUAAAAGAUAUGUUGGAUCGCGUUGAGUUUCUGCCUCGGGAACAAUCGCAGCCAUUCUACAAGCGCUUCUACAUGCAGAUCUUGCAGCACGUCUUGGCUGUGGUAGCUGACAGCAGUCAAGUCCAUGUAGCAGGUGUGUAUUCUCUAAUUUCUGUUUCUUUUUCUUUGUUGUGA